UUACACGUGCCUAUGAUCAUCAAAAUGGAGGAGAUUGGAGUAGUUGUGAACAAAGAAGAAACGCAGAUCCCCAGCCCCGAGUCCAGGCCGGGGACGGGUCUGUCCAGCACCGUCAGUGAGAAGGACACGUCAGAGGACCUGUACACAAGGUACAAGAAGCUGCAGCGUCAGCUGGAGUUCCUUGAGGUCCAGGAGGAGUACAUCAAGGAUGAACAGCGCAACUUGAAGAAGGAGUACCUCCAUGCCCAGGAGGAGGUCAAACGUAUCCAGAGUGUUCCACUUGUCAUAGGUCAGUUCCUGGAGGCUGUUGACCAGAACACAGGGAUUGUGGGAUCCACCACGGGAUCCAACUACUACGUGCGGAUCCUGAGUACGAUAGACCGCGAGCUGCUGAAACCCAGUUCGUCGGUGGCUCUCCACAAGCACAGUAAUGCCCUGGUGGAUGUGCUGCCCCCCGAGGCAGACUCCAGUAUCACCAUGCUGUCUGCUGAGGAGAAACCUGAUGUAGCCUACUCAGAUAUUGGUGGGAUGGACAUGCAGAAGCAGGAGAUCCGUGAGGCAGUGGAACUGCCACUCACGCACUUCGACCUCUACCAGCAGAUCGGCAUCGACCCACCACGGGGGGUCCUGAUGUACGGGCCGCCUGGGUGUGGGAAAACCAUGCUGGCCAAGGCUGUGGCUCAUCACACCACUGCUUCUUUCAUCAGGGUUGUCGGUUCUGAAUUUGUACAAAAGUACCUUGGAGAAGGCCCCAGAAUGGUACGAGAUGUCUUCCGGUUAGCCAAGGAGAACGCACCUGCCAUCAUCUUCAUUGACGAGAUUGAUGCUAUAGCAACCAAGAGAUUUGAUGCACAGACAGGAGCUGAUCGUGAGGUCCAGCGAAUCCUGCUGGAGCUGCUGAACCAGAUGGACGGAUUUGACCAGACGGUCAACGUCAAAGUCAUCAUGGCCACCAACCGAGCAGACACGCUGGACCCUGCCCUGCUGCGGCCGGGUCGUCUGGACAGGAAGAUCGAGUUCCUGCCUGACAGGAGACAGAAACGACUCAUCUUCCAGACCAUCACCAGUAAGAUGAACAUGUCUGAGGAAGUGGACCUGGAGGACUACGUGGCCAGACCUGACAGGAUCAGUGGGGCUGACAUUAACUCCAUCGUGCAGGAAGCAGGAAUGCUGGCAGUGCGAGAGAACCGCUACAUCGUGCUGGCCAAGGACUUUGAGAAGGCGUACAAGACAGCGAUCAAGAAGGACGAGACAGAACACGAGUUCUACAAGUAGUGUGUGGCACAGACCCCUCCCCUUGUGUUGUGCCUUCCAGUGCUGAUGCUUCCCCCCCCCACUAUCCUCCGUGGACAUGCUGUAAAACUGUCAAAUGAAAAUAUAAAAAGACUAACACACAGGAAACCAAUACUACCUAACACAUGUUGUCUCUGAGGUUUGUCCACUUUGUCUUUCUGUUGACAUCAGUCCCUCUCCCCAUAAAAACAAUACUGUAACCAAAAGUAAAUACUGUACUGUAGUCUGUACAGAUUUCAGAGUUUGAUACAUUCUGGAAACAUCACAAGGAGGGGCUAACUCUGUCAGCUAUAUCAGUUCUUGUACUAGAAGGUCCUCACUAAGCUAUAGAUAUUGAUACGAUGUACUUCAUAUUGAAUAAAUGCAUACAACAAAGAA